UGUUAAGGUAGCCAAACAAUGAAGUUCAGCAUUGAAUCUACUGCUUCUUAUAACAGUAUACAUCCAGCAUACCAUUACACGGAACAAUUUGCCAAUAAUUCUGAAACGUAUCAAGAUGGUACCAAAUGGUUUGGAGUAUUUUUGGCAUUUUUAUCAGGUACAUUUUUUACAAUAAGUUCAGCAUUAGUUAAAGCAGUACAAAAUGUACAUCCUAUGGUAUUGUUGGCUAUCAGAUCUGUUCUACAAAUGUUAGUUAUGGCUGCAGUAGCACUUAAAGCUUCCAAAAGUCUUUUUGGACCCAAAGGGCAAAGAAUGCUCUUAUAUUUGCAAGGAAUAGUAGGUGGUGCAACCUUAUCAUUACUAUAUUACAGUUUUCGCAAAUUACCUAUAGGAGAUGCUACAACAAUCAUAUUUAGUUCUCCAGUGAUUGUUAUUGCAUUGUCUUUCAUUUUAUUAAAAGAACCUUGUGGAAUAUUACGCAUUAUAGUUAUGUGUGCACUUUUUACAGGUGUUGUUUUCGUAUCUAAACCACCAUUUCUAUUUCAGAUGCAUAAAGCUGAAUCAUACAAUGUGAUGGGAUAUGUGUGUGCUAUAUUAGCAACUCUCUUUACGGCUCUUAACAUAGUUAUUAUGAGAAAAUGUUCAGAAAUCCAUUUUUCAACAAUAAUCUUCAACCUAUCUUGGUGGUCACUUGUCACAGCAAUAUUUUUCUUCUUCCUUGUAUCAGAUAAUCACGAACAAAAAUCAAAGUUGCCACAUGAUUGGAUUACCUGGAGUAAAAUAUUAUUAAUAGCACUAACUGGAUUAUCAGGUCAGAUUUUAGUGACUAAUGCACUAAAGAUAGAAGGUGCUGGGAAAGUAUCAGUGACUAGAUCUUUAGAUAUUAUUUUGGCUUAUAUUAUACAAAUAUACUUUUUUGGAGAUCAACCUACAUCAACCAGUAUCAUUGGAACAUUUCUAAUUAUAGUCUCUGUUAUAUGUAUGGGAUUUGAGAAAGAAAUUUAUAAUAUUUGUGAUUUUAUUCCCUAA